ACGCGGUAUGGGCAUUUUGAAUAGGUGGUCAUGCCUUUUGGCCUCACCAACGCCCCGACGACCUUUCAAGCGGCAAUGACCAACGAGUUCCGUGCAAUGUUGGACCGGUUCGUGCUGGUCUACUUAGACAAUAUUCUCGUCUAUAGCCGGUCAUUGGAGGAUCAUCUUAAGCACCUUCGACGAGUGUUGGAGACGCUUCGCCGCGCCCAGUACAAGGCCAACCACGACAAGUGCGAAUUGGUCCGGCAAGAGCUGGAAUACUUGGGCCAUUUUGUCGCACCGGAGGGCAUCAGUCCUCUAUCAGGCAAGAUUCAAGCCAUCCAAGAGUGGCCGAAGCCACGGAACGUCACGGAUAUCCGUUCGUUCCUUGGUCUUGCCGGCUACUACCAGCGUUUUAUCAAGGGCUACUCGAAGGUCGCGGCCCACUUGACCAAGCUUCAAUGCGAGGAUCGGCCGUUUGACUUCGGAGAGGAGGCGCGAGAAUCAUUUUUGGCUCUCAACGCCGCACUAUUAUCUGCGGAGGUCUUGCGCAUAUACGACCCACUUUUGCCUACGCGCGUCACUACAGAUGCGUUCGGCUAUGGCAUUGGUGCCGUCCUCGAGCAACACGAUGGCGUGGACUGGCACCCGGUUGAGUAUUUCAGCAAGAAAGUGCCCGUCGUGCACUCCAUUGACGAUGCACGCAAGGAGUUCCUCGCCUUCGUCCACGCGCUCAAGCAGUGGCGGCACUUCCUCCUUGGUCGAAUUCAAUUCCGAUGGGUAACGGACAAUAAUCCGUUGGUCUUUUACAAGACCCAAGACACCGUCAACAACACCAUCGCUCGACGGAUGGCUUUCAUCGACCAGUUUGACUUCUUUCCCGAUCACAUUCCGGGGAAGUCGAACCGUUUAGCGGAUGCUCUCUCACGACGUUCGGAUCAUUGUACCGCGGUCUAUUCGACCUUGGAGAUAGACAACGACCUGCGGGACUGCUUCGUGUGCGGCUACCAAGCCGACCUCGAGUUUCGGGACAAGUACGUGAAUUGCUCCUCUCCUAAUCCGACGCCUUCUCAUUACCGGAUCCAAGAGGGGUACUUGCUUGUCCACACACGGGAGAAGGACGUUCUUUGCGUACCGAGUGACCCUCACUUGAGUACACGGCUUCUUGGCGAGUUCCACGAUGCUCCCGCCACCGGACACUUUGGAGUCAAUCGCACGAUUGGCCGACUUCGCGAGCGAUUUUCAUGGCCCGGCCUUCUCGGCGACGUCACACGCUAUUGGGAGUCAUGCGAGGCUCUGGAAGACCGCUUUGCAGACAAGGAGCGGGCCCGCAAAGCUGCUGACAAGAUUGCUCACUUGGGGCAGCAGCGCUACAGCGGUACCCUGCAAUCUUUGUUUGCAGAGUUCGAGCAGUUAACUUCCACCCUAGGUUUGGUCAUGUCUGCAGACGACCUACUAACAAACUUCUGCAGGGCGGCCCCUGAGAAGUUUUAUGUGGCUUUGUACAGCGCUGGGCACAAGGACUGGAGAUCCUUUGGCCGUGCAUCCCUGGUCAUGGAGGCAAAACUUCAUGUCCAGGCCCCCUCCUCUGACAGGAGGAAAGGUGCCUUCCCUCGUGGUGGUAGAAAGGGAAAGGCAGCCUUUGCACAUGCAGGGUCUGCAUCAGCUUCGGAUUCAGAUUCCCAGGCUGAUACACCAUCAGCUGGGACUGGAUCAGCUGCUGAGACAGGUGUUGUAGCGGCCCUGACUCGGGCUGUUCUGGGAGUUUUGCAGCAGCAGAAGAAGUUCUCUCCCACCACAGCCUCAGCCAGUGCAAAGGGGAAGGACAGGGGACGGUUGCAUAUGUUCAGCAAAGUCGACCUCAAAUCUGGCUAUCACCAGAUUGAGAUGGAAGAGGAGGAUGUCUAUAAGACAGCCUUCAAGACCAUGUAUGGUACUUACAAGUUCCUGGUCAUGCCAUUUGGACUUUGCAAUACCCCAAGUACCUUCCAGACAGAGAUGCACCGCAUCUUCAGGCCUUACCCGGACAAGUUCAUGGUUGUCUACCUGGAUGACAUCCUGGUAUUCAGCAGAACUGCCAGGGAACAUGUGGAGCACCUGGCUCUUAUCCGUCAGUCAUUAUGUGACAGCCACUAUAAGAUUAACAGAGAGAAGUCCUCUUUUGGAGUUCCCUCUGUCAUCUAUCUGGGCCAUGUAAUCUCUGGAGAUGGCCUGACUCCUGAAGCAGCCAAAAUAGUUGCUAUUCAGGACUGGCCCCAGCCACAGAUAGUGAGGGAUGUCAGGUCCUUCAUGGGUUUAGCCUCCUACUACAGAAAGGAUGUCAGGAACUUUUCUGCAGUGGCUGCACCCGUGACCAACCUAACAAAGAAAGACGCUUCAUUUCUUUGGACCCUUCCCUGUCAGUUGGCCUUCACACGACCCAAGAAGGCCUUGACUCGUGCACUUGUGUUGAAGCUACCUGACCCCACUCUACCAUUUAUCCUGACCACUGAUGCUAGUCAGUAUGGUGUGGGGGCAGUUAUUCAGCAGGAUGAUGGGAAUGGUCUACGGCCAGUAGAGUUCAUGAGUAAGAAGAUCAAGACUCAAAAGCUUCAGGACUCUACCUACGAGAAAGAGCUGUAUGCUCUUGUUUGUGCCCUAAAACCUGGAAAGACACUUCAAGAUCUUCUCAGAUCACUCCACCUUACAGUGGAUGAAGUCCCAGGGAGAGUUAAACGAUAAGUCGCCAUGAUUAUGCCCUCUCUCGUAGGCCUGACUCUUUUGCAUUGAUCUCGUCCACUCACUCC